AUGAGUAGAAGACGUACUACGUCAUCUAGUCAUAUUCAUACCAAUCAGAAUCCAUGUGUUAAUUAUCAAAAUGAUCCAAACAUUCGGUCAACAUCCGAAAUAUACAAACAAGCAUAUCAAAGUUUAAUGAACAUUGAAUGUCAUCAUGUGGAUACACAUCAAAAUACAAUAUCAAUGAAUUACCAUCCGAUUCCUCCUCCACAUCGAAAUAACUUAGAACCUGUUGAUUCACCAGUGAAUUCACCAUUACGUCGACCUCACUCAUCGUCUGAAAAUGAUGUUUCAGAAUUAGAAGAUUUUGAACAUGAUCCUAAUACAAAAACGAUUCAGAAGAAUCGUAAAAAAACAAAAAUUAAUAAUAAUAAUAAUAUCACCUUCAACAAUUCGAAUCGAUCACAUAUCCCAGCAUCAACUAACCAACCAACUCUUCAACAACAACACACAAAUACAACUAAAUUGUUCGCUCAAUCCCGUUAUCCUUUUCCACCAUUUAUUAUACGUUUUCCAACACCAUAUAUUCAUGAACAAAAAAUUGUUGAAGAAUUAUGUAAAUACCUUAAAGAAAAUAAACAAUUAGCAUUAGAAUUAAGUGAUUAUCGUAAAGCAUCAGCCAAAUGUUCAUCCAAUGAAUGUGAUUUAUUAUUAUUUGUUAAGAACAGCUACUCAUUCUCAAUUCUUUAUGAUGAAAAAAAUUGGCCACAAUCUAUUCUUGGCUUAACUUAUACUCGACCAUCUACUCCAACGAUCCCACCUCAACUUUCCUUAAUAAUAAAAAAUGUUAGUUUAUCAAUGGAUUUUGCUGAUUUUACCAAUGAAAUAAAAGCAUCCUAUUCCAAUGUACGUAAUGUUAUCAGAAUGAAGAACAAAAAUCAAUCGAAUAUUAAAUUAGUUAAAUUAGAAUUCUCAGAACCAGGUCAACGUAAUGAAAUUCUCAAUCGUGGAAAAAUAUUUGUUCAUUUUCUUACGUACGACGUUGAGGAGUACCUGGCGCCUGCACGUGUUCUAAUCUGCAGCAAGUGUAUGGGCUUAGGGCACUUCCGAAAACAAUGCAAACAAACACAAGAUACAUGCAAAAAAAGUGGUCAGACUUAUGAUGAUAUUAAUAACCAUACUUCAACAUGCACUCAACUUCAGUGCAUUCAUUGUCAAGGUAACCACAUGUCUAAUGAUAUGCAAUGCCCCAAAGUGAAACAAUUUCGUGCCGACCUUACAAAAUUCCUUUUAUCUCCAGCUAUUCAGGCCAAUCAUCAAGAUAAUUAUUUGAAUUUAAAUUCAACCAACUUUCCACCAUUAAACUCAGCACAAAGACAUACGAUUUUUAAUCAGAAUUCAAACUCCAAUCACUGGUCGCCCAACACUGGUUCAAAUAAUCCAAUAAUUAAUAAAAUUGAUACUUUAAUUAACAGUAUGAACCAAGUAAAUGUCAUGUUGGACAAAAUGGUCAACAAAAAUCAUCAAUUUGAACAAUUUAUGAAGGACAAAAAAAUAAAUGAUGAAAUUAUCUCAAAAAAAGUCGACGAAUUAAUCAGUAAUGAUAACAGCAUCAAGCAAAACGUGAUACAACAUGAAAUCAAAAUAACUCGUUAUGAAAACAUAUUUAUAAAAUUAAUAUUCCCCAUAUUAGAUGAAAUUUCAUUUUUCUUAUCAAACAUAAAUGUUGGAAAACAUAAUGGAACAUUAGAUGCCGAUUUUAAAGUCAAAAUCAACUGA